AUGGCCUCCCACGACUCCCCUUCGGACGACACCAGCAACGCCCAGAAUGAGAAGAUCAAGUUCAGAUUCUGUCGCGAAUGUUCAAACAUGCUCUAUCCGCGCGAGGACAAGGAGACGGAUCAGCUCAUCUUCCAGUGCCGCAACUGCCAGUGGCCCACUGCCGUCGGACCAACCUGCAUUUACCGUAACGAAGUCAUGGGCAACUUGAUCGAAACCGCUGGUGUCGUUACAGAUGUCGCCUCAGACCCAACACUACCUCGUGUUGAGAGAGACUGCAACAACCCACGAUGCGGAGGAAGAGAAGCCGUCUUCUUUCAGAGUCAGAUGCGUAAUGCAGAGACUGGCAUGAAGCUCUUCUACGUUUGCUGCGAAUGCGGCAAGACUACUACCUAA